AUGAUGAAAAAAUGUAUCGAACCGACCCAAGCAGAUGAAAUGUUCUCUACGACAAAAUAUGAACUGUAUGGAUUAAAGGGUUGCGAUGAGACAGCUAAUACAUCUGAUUCUGAGGCAAAAUUGAUGCAUGCCUCAGGAAGUACCUUCAGGAGUAAAACUUCAUGUGCGCGACUAUUAAAUGAUUUAAACAGAAUUGGCAGAUUUCCGAGACAUUUAAGAAAACUGUUCCGCAUGCUUCUACUUCCGGUUAUUGUUUUUAUUGCAUUGUUCAUCUUCAUUACAUAUUCCUCGAAACCUUCAACAGAUACUGCGUACUGGAUUGAAGAACCUGUUGCUCAUCCAUCGUUGCCUCAUAUAAUAGUAUUAGGUGCUGAUACAGCUGAUAUGCGGAAAUCAGCCACUCGAAGGCACAACUUUUCCAGAAAAUCUGAACAGGCUUGUCGCAUCCCGAAAUUAAAUAUCAAUGGUAGUGAAGUUAUCGGAUUUUUUCACCAUGUAGAAGCACUCGAUUGUAGUAAAAAUAAAGAAAAAGAGUGGGCUUAUGUUGAUGAGAAAGGAUUGUUCACUAUGUCAUCUGAUGCUAUCAAACGUCAUGGUGGUAUUAAAUGUACUAUUGCCUAUUUUGAACGAGUUGAUGACAAUAGAUUGAAAAUUGGUCGUCAGAUUCCAAUUACAUCUGGUAGUCCUAUGAACAAAGAUUACGCUGUUGUAGAAUGCCUUGGAAAUGAUCAAGAAAAGUGGAAACAUUUGUUAUGGACGAUUGUUCCCGAUCGGAAAAAAGAAGAAGAUUUGUCUCAUAUCAAAAAAUCUCCAGACUGGUCUGGUCUUGACGUAUAUUUCAUAGGCUUUGAUUCAUUAUCCCAGAUGUCAUUUCGCCGUAAACUUCCGAAAACAGUUAAAUAUAUUGAAGAAGAAUUUGAUGCAGUUGUGCUUGAUGGAUACAACAUUGCCGGAGAUGGUACUCCUCAAGCAUUCAUACGGAUUUUAACUGGACAAACCGAAGAGGAGUUACCUCUCACGCGCAAGCGUUUCGCAGAAGCAAAUUAUGUUGAUGAAGUAUAUCCAUUUGUAUGGAAAAAUUUUUCCGAUGCCGGUUACAUAACCUUGUAUGCGGAGGACUCAGCAAAACUUGGAACGUUUACAUAUCGUCUGAAGGGUUUUAAAAACCAGCCAACAGACCAUUACGUGCGGACGUUUUUUCAAAAAGCUGAGGAUAUGUUUUCGAAUUUGCAGUGUUUGGGUUCAGUGCCAAUGCACAAGGAAUGGUAUCGGUAUACCAGUGAAUUCAUGGAGAGAUACAAAUAUAAUACAUCGAAGUUUCUACUUGCAUUCCAUAGUGUAUUAAGCCAUGAUGAUGUUAAUCUGGUAGAAGUUGCUGAUGAAGAUACAAUGUUAAAUCUUAAAAAAUUAAAAGAAAGUGGUACUCUUGAUAAUGCUUUAGUCAUUGUGAUGGCUGACCACGGACAUCGUUUUGCUAAAUUUCGCGCCACUCAUCAAGGGCAGCUGGAGGAAAGACUUCCAUUCUUUUCCCUUUCACUUCCCAAAAAAUUCAGAGAAAGCGAUAAAGGAAGGACAGCAUGGAGGAAUUUGAAAGCUAAUAAGGCAAGACUGGUAACUCCAUUCGACAUACACGCUACACUGCUUGACAUACUUCACUGGCCGACAGAGCAGGAGUUGAAUACUAUGGGUGACGCAAAAUUCCGUUCCUUGUCAGUUUUUAGGCCAAUUCCUCCUUCAAGAACCUGUGAAGAGGCCGAUGUCGAACCGCACUGGUGUACGUGUCUAAAUUGGGAAUCUGCCAUGAAUAAUAACGAGCAAAUAAAUAUAUCUAUCAUGUUGAGUAAAGCUGUUGUCCAAACGAUCAAUUCACACACAAAAUCUCAACGACACUUAUGUGCUCCUCUGAAAUUGGCAAAGCUAGAAAAUGCUCGGAGGCUUGUUCCACAUGAAAACUUGCUUAAAUAUAAGGAUGCAAAAGACAUAGAUGGUUUUGUACCAAAUUUGGUUGCCAAAACCAAAGCUGCAUUUGCACAUUACCAGUUGAGAUUUGUUACGAAACCAGGAAAUGCUCUUUAUGAGGCAACCGUACUGUAUGAUAUAUUAAAGAAUACAGUAACAGUUGAUAUGACAUCGAUCAGUCAUGUCAAUAGAUAUGGCGAUUUGCCCCACUGUAUCAUAGACACAAACUAUUUUUUAGCAGCGUAUUGUGUUUGCUAUGAUAAGAUCGACAAUACUCUUAGUAAUUCAUAA